CAAAAAAAAACCAAAUUCUUUCUUCCUCAAAUUCUUUCCACCGAAUUUUUCUGCAACCCCUCUCUACGGCAAACCCUCUCUGCCCGUAAACCCUCUGCCAACUGACUACGAGGAAGGGGAUGUGCACCGUAGCUUCCAUCGGUGCCCACAGUGAAGUUAAAUUCCCUCUCCACCUCCUCCCCUCUUCUCUCCCGACUCAUCCUCUUCCUCGUCAUCUGUAACGACAGCGAACUCGAGGUCGAAGAAAGGCCGCUCGUCAUCCGCUAUCGUUGUCCUCCUCCUUCUCGUUAUGAGUAGAGGACGAAGGCUACGAUGGUGGAGCCAGCGCCGGUCGGGCUAAAGGUAGGGGAAGAGGCCUCACCCCUUCGUUGUCUUCCUCUUCCUCGGCGUCAGGGAUCUCUCCCUCUUCUCCACCGAGGGGGUUCCCUUGUCCUCCGUCCACCUCGUUGUGUUCGACGACACAUGGAGGCAAGCCAAGAAGAUGGUGGCGGCGAGCGCGUCGUUCCUCGAGUGAUUUGUUGUUAGGGUUUCACUAGGCAAAUGUGAUCGACUAGUGGAGAGGCCGAGCACGUUCGAGUCAGAGCUGAUGCUUAGGGGUGGUGUGAGCACAAUGGAGAUAGUGGCGAGCAUGUUGCGAGUGAUGGAGCCAAGUGGAAAGGGGUGGAGGGCAUGCUGUUGUUGCUGAGAGCCAUGGUGGGCUUCCAGGCGCUCCACCUAAAGCCGACGAAGCCCCGCACCGAACUGAAGAAAAAGAAGGAAAUCGUUGUGGAAAUGUUGACAGCUAGGAAGCCAAAUGAGAAGAAGGGAGCUGUCGAGGAACACAAUCUGAAAAAAAUAUUAGAAUGUCCACCCGAAUCUCAAAACACAACUAAUAUUGUUGAUGAUGCAAUUAGCAUUGUGUUUGGCAAAGAAGCUCGGGGUAGAGUGCGCAGAAUGGGCUUUGGAGUAACACAUCGAAAGUUGGAGCUUCUGUGCAACAAAAUAGAACGGUUCAACAACUUCAAACUAUAGUACAAAAUGUUCAACAACAAAUGCAAGAAAUGAGGCAAUAAAAUCAACUAGAAAUGCAAGAAAUGAGGUCUAUAUUUUUACAAAGUAUGAGACAACAAAAUCAUCCAGAACAGAUUGCUAGUGGUGGCAUUUGUAGCGGUAUUGGGAAUGAAUUUGGUAGCAAUAGCGAUAUCAAUAUUGGUGCCAAAAAAAGUAUUUUUCAGUCAAAUUUGAGAAAUGUGAGUCGUGGAGAUAUCUGUGUUAAUACUAAAUGUAAGCUGCUUCAUUGGUCUGCUGAAGAAUUAGUUGUUGCAGAAGGUCGAAUUGCAUCCACAGAUCCAAACACAAAAGUGCAUCACGUUAUUCUUGGUGGAUCAUGUUGGAAAGUUUGGGUUGAUAAAGUUUUGGUGGAAAAGGUGGACCUAAUUCGACCAAAUGAUGAAUGCAAUUUCUUGAUGAUGCAAUAGGAAGCACGGUUGCAUGGUUAUCGAAAUUUAUAGUAUUGUGUGAUUGAUACAUAAUAUACUAAUUUGUGUGGAUCGUAAGUUUAAUUGUUGAUAUGUAAUAACUAGUUUAAUCGAAGUUUGU